GGCCGUGAUUCGGCGCCAUGGGGGAGGCGGAGAAGUUUUACUAUAUCUACAGCUGUGAGCUGGAUAUCAACGUGCAACUCAAGAUAGGAAGCUUGGAAGGGAAGAGAGAACAAAAGAGUUACAAAGCUGUUCUAGAAGACCCUAUGUUAAAGUUUUCAGGAUUAUACCAAGAGACCUGUUCUGAUCUUUAUGUUACUUGUCAAGUUUUUGCUGAAGGGAAACCUUUGGCUUUGCCAGUAAGAACUUCCUAUAAAGCUUUUAGUACAAGAUGGAAUUGGAAUGAGUGGUUAAAGUUACCAGUGAAAUAUCCUGACCUGCCUAGGAAUGCCCAGGUGGCUCUGACAAUAUGGGAUGUUUACGGACCUGGAAAAGCAGUCCCUGUAGGAGGGACAACAGUCUCACUCUUUGGAAAAUAUGGUAUGUUCCGCCAGGGGAUGCACGACUUGAAAGUCUGGCCUAAUGUUGAAGCAGAUGGAUCUGAACCUACGAAAACUCCUGGCAGGACAAGCAGCACUCUCUCAGAGGACCAGAUGAGUCGAUUAGCUAAGCUCACCAAGGCUCAUCGACAAGGCCACAUGGUAAAAGUGGAUUGGUUGGACAGACUGACAUUUAGAGAAAUAGAAAUGAUUAAUGAGAGUGAAAAACGGAGUUCUAAUUUUAUGUACCUGAUGGUUGAGUUUCGAUGUGUCAAAUGUGAAGAUAAGGAAUAUGGGAUAGUUUACUAUGAAAAGGAUGGUGAUGAGUCAUCCCCAAUUUUAACAAGUUUUGAGAUAGUGAAAGUGCCUGACCCCCAGAUGUCUAUGGAGAAUUUAGUUGAAAGCAAACAUCACAAGCUUGCCCGAAGUUUAAGAAGUGGACCAUCUGACCAUGAUCUGAAACCUAAUGCUGCCACUAGAGAUCAGCUAAAUAUCAUAGUAAGUUAUCCACCAACAAAGCAGCUUACAUAUGAAGAACAAGAUCUUGUAUGGAAAUUUAGAUAUUAUCUUACCAAUCAAGAAAAGGCUUUGACAAAGUUUUUGAAAUGUGUCAACUGGGAUCUUCCUCAGGAGGCCAAGCAGGCACUGGAACUACUGGGAAAAUGGAAGCCAAUGGAUGUGGAAGAUUCCUUGGAGUUAUUAUCUUCACAUUUUACUAAUCCAACAGUGAGGCGCUAUGCUGUUGCCCGAUUGCAACAAGCAGACGAUGAGGAUUUGUUGAUGUACUUGUUGCAGCUGGUUCAGGCCCUCAAGUAUGAAAACUUUGAUGACAUAAAGAAUGGAUUAGAACCUAUUAAGAAAGAAAGUCAAGGAUCUGUGUCUGAGAGCGUAUCAAGUUCUGGAACAAAUCCUGCAGAAAUAGAUAGUUCCCAAAUCAUAAGCAGUCCUCUUCCUCCAGUGUCUUCUCCUCCUCCUGCAUCAAAAACAAAAGAGUCUGCAGAUGGUGAAAAUUUGGAGCAAGAUCUCUGCACUUUCUUGAUAUCAAGAGCCUGCAAAAAUUCUACAUUGGCUAACUAUUUAUAUUGGUAUGUUAUAGUAGAAUGUGAAGAUCAAGACACUCAACAGAGAGACCCAAAGACACAUGAAAUGUACCUGAAUGUAAUGAGAAGAUUCAGCCAGGCCUUAUUGAAGGGUGAUAAGUCUGUUAGAGUUAUGCGUUCUUUGUUGGCUGCACAGCAGACAUUUGUAGAUCGACUGGUUUGUCUAAUGAAGGCGGUGCAACGUGAAAGUGGAAAUCGCAAGAAAAAGAAUGAAAGGCUACAGGCAUUGCUGGGAGACAAUGAAAAGAUGAAUUUGUCAGAUGUGGAACUUAUCCCAUUGCCUUUAGAACCACAGGUGAAAAUUAAAGGAAUUAUCCCAGAGACAGCUACACUCUUUAAGAGUGCUCUUAUGCCUGCCCAGUUGUUCUUUAAAACAGAAGAUGGAGGUAAAUAUCCUGUUAUAUUUAAGCAUGGAGAUGAUCUACGCCAAGACCAACUUAUUCUCCAAAUCAUUUCACUCAUGGAUAAGUUGUUACGGAAGGAGAAUCUGGAUUUGAAGUUAACACCUUAUAAAGUGUUAGCUACUAGUACAAAACAUGGCUUCAUGCAGUUUAUUCAGUCAGUUCCGGUUGCUGAAGUUCUUGAUACUGAAGGAAGUAUUCAGAACUUUUUUAGACGAUAUGCACCAAGUGAGAAUGGACCUUAUGGAAUAAGUACUGAAGUGAUGGAUACUUAUGUAAAAAGCUGUGCUGGCUAUUGUGUGAUUACAUAUAUCCUUGGAGUUGGAGACAGGCAUUUGGAUAAUCUUUUACUGACAAAAACAGUAACCAUUUUCUCUGUCAGAAUUAGUUCAGAAAAGUGUUACAGGAAUAGCUGUACUAUUGAUGAGAUCUCAGAUCCAUUGAAGUAUUCCAACUUGAUUUUGAACUUGUUUUCCCUUAUGGUGGAUGCCAACAUUCCAGAUAUUGCUCUCGAACCAGAUAAGACUGUAAAAAAGGUACAGGAUAAGUUCCGUUUGGACUUGUCUGAUGAAGAAGCAGUGCAUUAUAUGCAGAGCCUGAUUGAUGAAAGUGUCCAUGCUCUCUUUGCCGCAAUGGUGGAACAGAUCCAUAAGUUUGCUCAGUACUGGAGAAAAUGAGACUGAGUUUUGCCAUCAAUGUAAUGGAGUUUGAGUCAUGUCACUUGUUGAAAAACAGUCUUAGAAGAAACUUACACGAUGAAGAUUUUGGGAGAACGGCUAAUGGCAGAGAAAACUUCAUCUUUGAGCUACAGUGUUCACUGAAAUGUCAGGGGCUUGAGCAUAAUUUCCUGAAGAACCAUUGCUUUAAGUGUUCCAGAAGAUUUUGUUUUGAAACACUCUAUAUAUUUAUUUUCAGCCAUAUACAUUGUUAAUAUAAGAAGUAAAUUUUACUGUUUAUAACAUGUCAAUAACUUUCAAAGUAAUUAUGUGACUAAGGUAGACCUUUUUAGUUUUGGGGCCUGGAAUGGCUUCCACCUUCAUUUAUUUAAGGCCUUAUCAAUAAUUGUAUGGGUUGAUUAAGUUUGGUUUUUGUUUGAUUAGAGGUUGGAGGGUGGGGAUAUAUACCUUUAAAGGGAAAAUGUAAAUUUUUCUUUUACUCUGCACCUAAAAUUAGUAUUUCACAAUUCAUGAAUGGCUCUUUCCCAGGUCAGGAAAUGUUUUCAUUUGGAAAAGACAACUAUUUCCUCCUACUUAUGAAGAAUUAUUUUGAAAAAUAUAGAUCUUGGUCAGCUAAGUUGUAAGUAUGUAAAGUAGAAGAGAAAUAAAAUUUAACUAGCUAACCAGAUAAAUGACAAUAUUGUUGUAGUUUUCAGUAUUGAGCUUGAAAUAUUUUUAUGUAUAAAUAUUCUGUGAUUCCAAUAAACUUUUUUGACAUAACC